CAGGAAGGGAGCUGUUCCCGUCAGAAAGUGAUUCUGGAAGUACAGCCAGUGACCGAGCUUUACUCACACCCAGCUUCCUUCCUUCACUGCAGGAUUAGUUCAGCUACAGAGUGAUUGGAAUACAUCCACCUUUUCCAAACUUCAAGCAUGCUGCCUGCGUACAUGGCUGUGAGUAUACAGAGAGCUCGGUACUGAAGCACAACAGCAGAAAAUUCAUUUCUAACAGAGCUGAGUGAUGAUGUUUGGAAGAAAUGGCAUCUUCGGAAUAGGAAGUUCCUGGAAAAAAGUGGUGAAGCAGGAUUCAUCCGAGAGGAAAGUAGUAUUGACCAAAGUGACAGCCCUGAAAAAUGGCUCGGAGUGUGAGGACAUUUCCUCCCAUCCAACACUAGCCAAGACAAGAACUCACGAGACCUGUCCAAGAUCACAAACCAAUGGUGGCAAUGAUCUAGCAAUGUCUGGAGAGCAGAACUUGUUCGCGGAACUCGUUGACAGAAAGGGAUCUUCAAACUGCACAGUUGUGAAACUGUAUAAAUCCGAAUCUGAGGACUCUGGUGCCGAAUUUCCAAGUGGUGCACGUUCUCCCUUGACCCCAUCGGGGUCCGAACAGAGCCUUGUCAUACAUCGAAGAGUGUCAUCUUGUGACUCAGGGAUGGCUUUGAGCAUUUCUUCCACGUCUGCAAUCCAGCAAUCACCUCCAGCAGACUCCUGUCCCAAUUCUGCAGCAUGCAUAAAAGAAGAUCAAGAAAUUGGUGAACAGCAACACUCUGUAGUAAAGGAGCCCACAGCUUCUACAGAUUGCAGAAAGGACAACAGGUCAAGCAUCCACUUAAGUCUGAGUCGUCCGGCUGUGGAUGAAGCAGUGAAGCAAUCCAAACAUGUAUCACUUGUUGAAAUAGUCAUUGCUGACACCAAUUCUCUUCCAGUUUCAGAAGGUAGAAUGCAGCAUGCAGAAGUAGCUCAAUUAGGUCAUGAAUCAUUGAAAAGGGGACAAUCAAAUGAUAGUCUUGAUAAAUACAUGGAGAAGUGCUGCAGAUUAAGUGAGGCACACCAGGAUAAGGCUGCGGACCGGGGUUCAGGCCUGGGAUAUCUGGAGCAUAUAUGCCAGUUGAUUGAAACAAUCGGGCAACUCCAGGAGCAGAACAAGCAGCUCCAGAAGCAGGUGUGGACUGUUGAGAGAAGCCUGAAGGUGACCAGGGUGAAAGAGGAAUUUUUCUUGAAUCAUUGUUCCUGUGGAGCUGUUGGUAUCUAUCAGACCAUCACCAGCCUUCCUGCUCUGGAGAAUGAGUUACUCAAAGCCCUCAGCAGCCAGGGAGGCUCAUUUGUACUCGACUCCAAUUCACAGAUCGCGAGAAGCCAAGGUGGUGAUAUGGAGCCAGGUGGAAGAGGAUGGGUCAGGAAGCCCAUGUGCAAGGAGGUGGGAAGAUCUAUAGAGACUGAGGUGAAACAUAGCCUUGAUGGUACAAGGAACUUGAACUCAUCUCACAAAGGAUUCCAAGAGGUAAAAGCACAAUCUGGUGGGAAGGUUCUGGUUAGGAAUUCCGGUUUAAUAGAACAGAGCAAUGCCCAAGAAGUGUCCAGCUUCAUAAAAAGAUCCUAUGGACAGCUCUGCAGAACUGAAGCUGGAACGUGCAACACUCGAAUGAAGGAGUCCAUCUCUACCAGUGCAUCAGGAUGCAACAGCAGUUAUGACUGGGACAUUUCUCACUGACUCUUCGAGGAUGUCUGGUAAAUAAAGACUGGACAAGAACAAUCUUCAAAGAAAUGUCAAAUCCAACAUGAGUUAUCAACUGAUUAAGUGGAUGCUGCCAGGUUCUGGGACGGCAGUAAAGAGCUCACUACAGCUGGUAUUGUUAGAAGGGUACUUAAGACAACCAUCCAGUCGACUGGAUAUGGAAUUACUAUGCAAUUCAACCCAACAGAUCACGUAAAAACAGAGAUUAUAUCUGUUGACCUUAUUUUUAAUUGCACAAGAUACAGCCAAAGUCUAGUGUUUUAUAUUGCUGCCUAACAUAUGUAAAGUCUUCUAUGGACAGCUUUAUUAGCUGUUAUAUCAAAAUUCAUUUUCUUGAAUUGAGUUUCCAUUAGAAAUAAAUCUCAUCAGAAGUAGAUUUCUGAUAAAAACAUAAAAUCCUAUUAAAGAAUGAGAAAACGUCUAAAUGAUCUUAAUUUCAGAGCUUUAAUUCUUAAUUGGAUACAGAUCUUUUUCAAAGUGAUUUAUUACCACCUAUUCCCAUUGUGAAGUGAUGCUAGUUGGGAAACUGUUCCUCAGGAAUAAUUAGCAACCAGCCAACUUUCACAUUGAUGUGUAACAAACGGUAUGAGAAAAGUGACAACAUUACUGAACCAAGUUGUCUGCAGGAAGAAAGGACAUGCCUUUCCAUUAAGAGCAGCUGAAAUAUCAACAUCUCUAAUCCGAGGGAUGGUAAGACAAGGGCAAGUUACCAAAUCCUAGGCACAUUAUGGUUAUAAAUACAGUAUAUUUCUAUGUCAGAAAUUUUCUGUGUUUUGUUUAUAUCAGAACCUUGGUAACAUCACCAAAGAAGUGUAACAAAAGCACCCAAGCUGUAACUUAGAGAUUUCUACCGACAAAUUUUCUAAGUUUUCUAAAUAGAAAAUUUUCUUAAUGAUAAGAUAUUAAACUGAUUUGCCUUAGUUUUGUUUUGUUUAUAAUGUAUGCAUUAAUGCAAUUUAUAUAGAGAAAUAUUUAUCGCAAUUUUCUUAAUGUGAAGCUGUCUGUAAUUGUACAAGUAUAUAUAAAGUAAUUCUAUAUUACUAUAUCUGAACAAUACAAUUAAUAUCUGCAAAAAUAUUAAUAAAAAGAAACAAC